CAAACUUGUAUACCAACUUUCCUUGUUUAUAUUUAUGGAUCUUAUUUUGGCAUUGCAGGUGCAGUUAUGGGACAAAAAGUCACCAUUGACCCACUUGUAGAAGGAUCACUGAUUUUGAGACAUGGAAACAGAUCAGAUAACAAGAUGAGUAAAGAAGUAAUAAGACAAAAAUGCUUUCCUUUUCUAAGAAAAUAUAAAACAAUUUCUGGAAAAUUUGUGAAUAUUGAAUAUAUAAAUCGUAUUGACAGUGAAAACAAGAAGCUUGUUUUUUUGAUAAGGGAACCAGGAGGGAGAAAGCAUAUUUUGAAAUUUGCCACUUCAUACAAUAUAAUUUCUGCUUUAACCAAGGAGGCAGAAUAUCCACAAUUUUUGAAUAUGGAAAUUAAAUGGCAUAGUGGUGUACAACAACUUG